GAACAAAAUAAGAAUUCAAAGGUGUUGCAACUGGAAAUUCCAACUUGAAGGCCCUAUACGACUACUGACUUUAUACAGGAUUACAUUGAAGUUUUUUCUCCAUUGUCAUUUUUAUGAUCUCUUAGUUACCAGGUGUAGUUUAUGAGCAAAUAAUCAACAUGGAUGGUCAUGGAUACUCACCUCCAACAGUUAAACGUAACAAAAAGGGGAAGAACCACCGUCACGCGGUGGUGGAUCAUGAUGAUAAGAUCAAGUGUAGUGGGAAGUCAUGCAGAUCAUGUAGUGGUGGUUUAAUCGCGGAUUGCGUAGCAGUCUGUUGCUGCCCUUGUGCUGUAGUAAACAUUUUAGCAUUGGCAUUUUUAAAGAUCCCUUGGAUGGUGGGACGUAAAUGCUUGAGAAUGGUGAAAAAGAAAAAGUUGGAGGACAAAAAUGACAAGAGUAUUACUAAUAGUACUGUACAAGAAGGAAUACAUGUGGAACAAGAGUUAAAAGACAGUUUUAGUACAACAAUUGAUGUAGACCAAGUUUGGUUAGACUUGUAUCAAGUUGGUAGUAUGGGUUUUGGCAGAGUUUCAUUCACAGGAACUAAUUAGGUUCAAGUAUUAUUUUCGCAGCGCUCUAUGAAAAUCCCAAAUCAUGAAACCGAGAAAUUUCAUUUAUGCAUUGUGAAAGAGUAUUUAUCACUCCUUCACACUCUUCAAUGGUAUAGUUUAAUCAUCUGUUAGCGAGAUUAGUUGAUAUGUAUCUCUUUCAGCGCCAUUUUCAUCACUUCAUAUUACUUCCUUCUGAAUUGUACAGUUAAUUUUGGUGAUGUUUUUUUGGA